CGAAGAGUGCAGAUGGAUCAAUACGGUCGACAGAAGUUUUAACUAUCUGGAGUGCGGAUAAAUUUUUACUGAGAGUCGUAUAGGAAUCUAUAAUCUAGUACUUUCCAAAAUACGCCGAGAGUAUUCCUGAUGAUGAAACGAGCGUUGCUUCAUCGAACGCAGCUAAAGAAAACAAUAUCUAUGUAGUUGGUGGUACGAUGCCUGAAAUAGAGGGCGAUAAAUUGUACGAUACCUGUACUAUUUGGGGUCCCGAUGGAACUUUGACAGCAAAACACCGAAAGGUACAUCUAUUCGACAUCGACAUUCCUAAUAAGAUUACUUUUCGAGAGAGUGAUUCACUCAGUCCUGGUAACUCCCUAACGACGUUCGAUGUGAAGGGCUGCAAAAUAGGUAUUGGCAUUUGCUAUGAUAUUAGAUUCGAGAAAAUGGCACGCAUUUAUCGGAACAAAGGUUGCCAAAUGCUGAUAUAUCCAGCGGCAUUCAAUAUGACCACUGGACCACUGCACUGGUCAUUACUUCAGCGUUUCAGAGCGAAUGAUAAUCAAUUAUACGUUGCCUGCAUAUCACCGGCUCGUGUUCCUUAAGCAAGUUACGUCGCAUGGGGACAUACACAGUUGACCAAUCCCUGGGGAAAGAUUCUUUACGAUUUGGAAACUCAAGAGAAUAUGGCAGUCACCGAUAUCAAAAAAAAAAAAAAAAAAAAAAAAAAAACUGGCGAACCGUGUGUUACCACAACGAGACACGCGAUGCUAUUUGUCGCUUUAAAUUGUGCCGCAACUCGUUUUUGAGAUCUUUGCCAGGGGCGCGUUAAAACAUGCUGAAAAUAUAUUUCUGGCUUUUCUGGGGUUUAACUGAAAUAUGACAAAUAACGUUGUAAAACAUAUGUACUUAUGACUUACAGAGUAAUUGAGUGUACAAAAUAUAUAGUAUACAAAAUAGCCAGCGAUUUAGGGCUUUAAAAGAUCAAAAGGAAAGAAAAGGAAAGAAAAGAAGAAAGAUAAUAUAUUGUGGCAGUCUAAGUCGAUCUAAGAAAAUAGAUAAAGGGAGGGAGGGGCAAAGCUAGUUAAUCUGGAAAGAAUCCAAGCGUCAAUUUCAAGCAUUUACAGAGAAUCAAGCGGGCUGGUUAAAGUCGUGAGUUGAGCAAUUAUCCCGCGUUAGGUUCAAUCAGGUUAGUCCCACGCGAAAUUGAUCCAACCAUGCGAAAACGAGUGUAUUCUGAUUUCUGUCGCAGAUACUUCUGGCUAGUGCAGUACCUACACGGUGGUUGU